CCCCGCGCCUGCGCGGCCAUGGCGGCCUGUGCCGAGAUGGAGCCGGCGCCGCGUCCUCCCGCCGCGGGCCCGGCCGGGCUGGUGUGCGCGCAGGGCCGGAACCUGAAGGCGGUGCGGUGCCAGCGCUGCGGCUCGCGGGUGCUGCUGCCCGGCGCCGCCACCUUCGCCCGCCGUGAGCUGCUCCUGCCCGCCAUGAGGAAGAAGGCGGCGGCGGCGGCGGCGGGCGGCGGGGACGUGCUGCGGGAGCACUGGCUGGUGCGCGACAUGUUCUCCUUCGAGAACGUGGGCUUCACCCGCGACGUGGGCAACGUGAAGUUCCUGGUGUGCGCCGACUGCGAGGCGGGCCCGAUCGGCUGGCACUGCCUGGACGACAAGGACCGCUUCUACGUGGCGCUGGAGCGCGUGGCCCACGAGUGACCGCGGCGCGGGGGGACGGGCCCGGCGGGCACCCGGGGAGCGGCCCCGGGACCCCCCGGGACCCCCCGGCGGCUCCUCGCUCACCUGGGCCCGCCUGGGCAGGACCCCGCGGGGGGGCGGCCCCGCACCCCGAGCCGCAGCCCCCCUGCCCAGCCCCCCCUGCCCGCCCUGCCCAGCACCCCCUGCCCGCCCUGCCCAGCACCCCCUGCCCGCCCUGCCCCCCGGCCCGGCUCGGGUGCCCCGGGCUGCGGGGCCGUGCGGGUCGUGCGGGGGACGCGGCUGCUGCACCGAGUCGGCCCGGCAGCCGAAAGUGUCUGAACUGCAGCCAAGCGGUUCGGGGUGCAAGGCUCUCACUUCUGUUGACUUUCAGAAGAAAUCCUCCCUGUCCCAGACCCUAACACGGAGGUUCUCAAACCUCAUCCUACUUGACAACUGUUACCUGUAAGAGUGUGUGGCACCUGAAGUGUGUGUGAGGCAUCUUAACUAACAUUGUAUGCGGUUUUAUUAACUGAGUACUUGGAAAUAAAACAUGAUACAGUUAGAAAUGACAGACAGCAGAGGCUGAGAGGAUGGCAAAUAAAGAAAAUGUGCAAGAUCACAGUGUUUCCAGGCAGGAAUCUGAAAAGCAUUUGAGUCGCUGGACAAGCAGAGUCCAGUGACUGUGUGUCUCAGUGCUGAAGAAUGUCAGAACUGACGUGUGUGUAUUAAACAGAAAAGUCAGGAAGGAAUUUCUCCUGUAAAAGCAGCACAAUGCUGGGAUGUUGUGUCCAGGCGGGCACAGAGCUGACUGAAAAUUGGAGGAGGCUCAGCAGCCGUGGGUCUCACUGUAUUGAUCUUUUGGUAAUUGUGGUCCAGUUUGCAUUCUCUGUUUUCUAACCCCUGUAUGAAUAACACAGCAGCUUUCACAGUGGUCAUUGUGGGAGACAGAGGACAUGCCUGGCUGCAGGAGUUGUAGCAGGGCUAAUAAACACUUGGUACCAACCCA